AUGAACGAUAGGGAUAUUGACAUCGUGGCACGUAACGCCAUAAUGAUUCUUAUUGCGUUCGUUGUGGAUGAUAUCGACAAAGCUAUAGACAGUAUUAUACAUGUUUGGUACUCGGCUCUCAUUCGUGAAUCUGACUUCAACAUUCUCCAACAGUUGAUUCGCCCACUCAUCGAAGACACUUGCUGCAAGAUCAGGAGCAAAGGACCACAGGCCCUCUUAAGCAAGACUUGGACGUUUGGAGAGCGCUCUCUGAGACUCGUGUUGGAAAAGUCGGCAUGGGACAAGCUCCUAUCCUUCAUGGAUAUUCCUGCAGGUCUGACUUUACAACAAGCUGACCGAGUUCGCACUGCCGUUACUCUUGCUGAGUCCAGGAAGGAUUAUAUUGAUCGGCAUAUGCUUUUCCAAUCUCCUUCACACCGAGUAGCAAUGAAGCGAUUUCGAAAAGACGGGCUCUUGCUACCAUUUGGAGCUCUACGCGAUGAAUUUCGUUUCCCAAACCCAACCUUCUUUCAGACUGCAGAUUCCUGGCAGAUGAAGGACAAUGCUGAUCCUCUCAAUGGAUGGCACGCGAAGGAAGUCAGAGAACAUCCAAGUGGGCUAGCGACGGCUGACAUAUACGGCAAGCUCUUCUAUCAUAUCCGCGCAGUGCUUCGGGAUUUUGUUAAUCGCAUGUCGGAUUUGUCAGUAUCUUUCCAAUUGUUUCAGGUAGAUGCUUCUGAUCUUCCCAAUCGUCUUAAGCAUGGCUCGUUUAGCAGAAUUGAGGUCUCUAAUAUUGCGGAUGGCGGUUAUCUCGGAAUCCAUCGCACAGUCGCCCUACUCGGUCCUCUGCUUCAAUCGCCUAGCAUUAACCCACACGCAACCCUUAUUACUCUCUUUAUGAACGUUGUCGAUGAAAACAUCUCUGAUCAAGAUCAAAUUGCCGAUACUACCCCGCUUAGCCCAACCACCAAACGACUUUUAAAAUACCUCCCUUUUCAUGGAAUGCCGAGUAAAAAUAUCUAUGACCCUAGAAUCAUCAAAUUCAAUUUGGCCAGGAGCAUUGUAGCAAACUAUGACUACAUUUUUGAUAGAUUCGUCAAAAACGCCGAGCUCUCCAAAUUCGAACCGCUCAUAGGAUUUGCCAUGAAAGAAAAGAACACGAUCGUCGAGAAAUGGCCCUUUAGAUUGAAACUUCAGCCUGGUCAACCCGGAGCCCAAGAAGAGUUCGACCGACUGCUCAGUGGAGGGGUAUCAGGAAAAGAGAUUUAUUUGGAGUGGAAAAGAACUAGGAUGUGA